AACCAAUUACAGGAAACCAAGGCCUCCUGUAUUCAGCCAAUUGACGAUGACUCGUGUCUGCUUGAAAACAUGUCGCCGAUGAAGCUGUGUGUUCCAGGUGAGAGGCUUUGCAGCACGGAAGAUUGCAUACCUGGAACGGGCACGUACCUUAGACAUGGAUAUAUCUUCGCCUCUCUUGCGGGCUACGUGCUGAGAAAAAACGAAGGAGAGGAGCUACCCGUAAUCUCUGUUGUAAAGGAGACAGAGACGCAGUUAUUACCCGAUGUUGGCGCUAUAGUAACCUGCAAGGUGACCAGUAUUAAUCCCAGGUUUGCUAAGGUUCACAUCCUCUACGUUGGUUCCACCCCACUGAAGGACAGGUUCAGAGGGACCAUAAGGAAAGAAGAUGUAAGAGCAACAGAAAAAGACAAGGUUGAAACCUAUAAAUGCUUUCGACCUGGUGAUAUCGUCCUUGCAAAAGUGAUCUCCCUUGGUGAUGUGCAGUCCAAUUAUCUCUUGACAACAGCAGAAAAUGAGCUUGGUGUUGUGGUGGCCCACAGUGAAGCAGGUGCUCAGAUGGUGCCUGUCAGCUGGUGUGAGAUGCAGUGUCCGCGCACCCAUGCAAAGGAGUUCCGCAAGGUGGCGCGGGUGCAGCCGGAGUACCUCCAGGCGUAAGCAGAGCCGACGCGCCCUCCUGCUCCCCAGGAACACACAGCUUCCCUCAUCAACAGCAGAAAUGCAACGCAGCAACAGCACCAACCAUGAGCCACAAGUUUGAAGGGUUCCACGCAUCAGACCUGGUGCUUUCAAACAAAACGAGUACAGUGUUCUUUUGGUAUGAUAAAAGAACAAACAUGAAGACUUCCAGCUGCAGAACAGCAACCAGAAGUUCGAGGAAAAGACGUUUUCAAGUGACCGGUCAACAUGGCGGCAAAGUUUUCUUGUUUUAACCUCGAGCACGAUCUAGAGAUUGGGAACACUUCUUUCCAUCAUUUUAUUUCUUAACUUUUCCUUUUCAUUCUUUUUUUACUAUUUCAGAGCUAUUCUUUUCUAUGUAUAUCCUAAGAGUGCAUGUACUCUUUGGUAACAAAUAAAUUGAUGUCCCAACAUGGCAAAGUUCAAUCCCAA